UCAAUAACAUCAUCAUGGCGGUUCACCAUCGGCAACAGAGCAGUGCUCGGAGAAAAGUUCAGGUGUCCUUUGUGAUUCGGGACGAGGUUGAAAGACAGCACAGGUCAGGGGUCAAUGCCCUGCAGUUUGACCACGCAAACAACAAGCUUUACUCUGCUGGUCGAGAUUCCAUCAUCAGAAUAUGGAAUCUCAACAACCCAAAGGAUCCCUACCAGCAGUCUAUGGAGCAUCAUACUGACUGGGUGAAUGAUGCAGUGCUUUGUUGUGACGGGAAAACAUUAAUAUCUGCCUCAUCAGACACAACGGUCAAAGUUUGGAACGCACACAAAGGUUUUUGUAUGUCAACACUAAGAACGCACAAGGAUUAUGUGAAAGCAUUAGCGUAUGCCAAAGACCGUGAGCAUGUAGCAUCUGCUGGUUUAGACAAACAGAUAUUCUUAUGGGACGUGAGGACAUUGACGGCAUUAACAGCAACUAACAACACUGUCACAACCUCUUCACUAAAUGGUCAGAAGGAUUCUAUUUAUAGUCUUGCAAUGAACCAAUCAGGGUCAGUCGUUAUCUCUGGAUCCACAGAAAAGGUCCUGCGAGUUUGGGAUCCAAGAACAUGUGCCAAAGUGAUGAAAUUGAAGGGCCACACAGACAACGUCAAAUCCCUGCUAGUUAACAAAGACGCGACCCAGUGUCUGUCUGGUAGUUCCGAUGGGACGAUACGGCUGUGGUCGCUUGGCCAACAGCGUUGUACUGCAACAUUUAGAAUGCACGAAGAUGGUGUCUGGGCACUACGAGCAAAUGCAUCAUUUACUCACUUCUACUCUGGAGGAAGAGAUUGCAGGCUUUUUGAAACUGAUUUAAGGUAUCCAGAAGGCAGUGUACUCAUCUGUGAGGAACAUGCCCCCAUUCUAAGAAUAGAAAUCACACCAGAUCAGAAAUCUCUCUGGGUAGCAACAACUCGCUCAGACAUCAACAAAUGGUCAUUAACAGGUGAGAAUCACAGGAACUCAGGGGAAUACGACAACGCACCAUGUGAACCAUUCAUCAAAACACCAGAAUACACAGUCAAAGGUGGACCAAGCAUAGUCCAAUAUCACAUCUUGAAUGACAAGAGACACAUCAUAACUAAAGAUACAGAGAGUAAUGUGGCCCUAUAUGAUGUACUCACAGCAAAGAAAGUUGAAGAUUUGGGACCUGUUGACAUGGAGGUCGUUAUUAAGAACAAACACCAGAUGGUUCACGUCCCUCACUGGUUCUCAGUUGACCUUAAAAUAGGAAUGUUGUGUAUACAUGUUGAUGAGAGUGACUGCUUUGCUGCAUGGGUAUCGUCCAAAGAUGUCGGUCUGGGGCCAGUGGAUGGACCAGAAACAAAAGUGAACUUUGGUGGGUUAUUGCUUCAGGCUCUAUUGGAACAUUGGCCUCGCACUCACAGCCUGGAGCCAGAAGAAAUCAAUGGACAUGUCAAUGGUCAUAAUACAAGUUCAGACGAUGUAAAUCUAUCAAUGGAUCCUGUACACCAAGGGACUAUCCUGAGGAAAGGAAACAGUUAUUUCAGUGUACCGCCUCACACACCGGUCAUAUUCAGCGAGGUCGGAGGUCGUACACUAUUCAGAUUUUUGUGUAGAGACGCAGGUGGUGAUUCUGAGAGAUCAUUAUUGAGUGAGACAGUGCCACAGUGGGUUGUGGAUAUCACAGUAGAGAAAAAUCAGCCAAAGUUCAACAAGAUUUCCUUCUUCUUGCAACCACACUCCAGCUCAGGUGCAAAAACUCUCAAGAAAGACAGACUGUCUGCCAGUGACAUGUUACAGGUGCGUAAAGUCUUAGAGCAUGUUUAUGAGAAAGUGAUGGGUUCUGAUGGAGGAUCAACGAUGAAUGGAAAGGGACCCUACGAAGGAGACGAGGAGUUGUCAAGUAUCUCAGAGGAUAAGGUGGAAUUACUGUGCCAGGAUCAGGUUCUAGAUGCCAACAUGGACCUGAGAACUGUCAAGCACUUCAUCUGGAAGAGCGGAGGCGAUCUUACGUUACACUUUCGCAACAAGCAGCACUGACCAACAACUCCGCUGCACCUGCCAAUUGUAACAUUUCUGUCGUAUAUUUUGAUAAAGAAACUUAUGUAUAAUAUUUAAAUGAAAUCACUUAUAUUUAUCUGUACUGCAAGAUUGGUAAGAAUAAGAAAGAAUGAUCCAAAUAGGAUUAUUAGAUUAAAUUUUCUUUAUCCACUGACAUGAAAUUUCAAAAUUUAAUGCCAGAAAUUAAGUAAAUUGUCAAAAUUUGUAUUUUUUUUAUUGUCACAUAUUACUGUUAUAAAUUGUUUCAGAGGGAAAGUCUCUUUGUGGAGAUCAUUUUGUAUACCAUUGUGAUAGAUACCUUGUAGAUUACGACACAUGCUCAAACAGCGCCCCAAUAAGGUAAAAGGAAAACCUAACGUAGACCAUAUCGAGUAUGACCGUACCGUACCAUUCAAACACCUGCCCACAACAUGGCCUCCGUGAGCGUGUGCGUGUCUUUGUACGUGCAUGUGUCAUAGAAAUCAACCAGGAAUGCUGCGUGCCGAGAGCUUCAUUGAUGCACGCUUUUAGAUGGGCAUACCGUCUGUCCUACAAUAUGGCUACUUUCCUAGCAGCAAAGGGGUUAUUCAAUACGGUCAAUUGGCUGAGAGUUGUGCAUGGUGCAUAUGUGCGGAACUUUUCCUUUGUUCGACCACAGCGAUGGCAGCCUAUGCAAGGGGUCUGUUUGUGCAAUCCCGUUGGUACUGCAGAGCUCGAUUUGGGCUAUAAAAGCAUUUGCUAAGAAAUUAAUUGAAAUUGAUUUGGUUUUAAAAAGAUGUUUUAACAGUAGAGUGUAAUGAAUCCACACAAAUAUGCCGCCAAAUUGUUUGGUUUUCCUUUUACUUUGUGAACUAACACAGUCUGCCAUUUUGUGAAGUUAGAAAGGGGUGAUUCUACAAUAUGGUAGACCGUGUUGGUUCACGAAGUAAAAGGACAACCACACAAUUCCGGCAUGUUUGUGUUGAUCAUUCUACUCUGAACUUCUUCUUGAUUGGGAAUCAAGUUGUGUGACAUGCUCGUUUCUCGGUGAGUAAAUGUUGGUUGCAGACUUCAGAAUCUUUUGACACCGCCCUCUCACUAUUUGUUUAGUUCUGCUCUUUGAUUUUUUAUGUAAAUAUGUUGUUAUGUUUGGAAGCCGUUUGAAAAUAUUUAAAGAAAUGAAAUUGUUAUUAUAUAAAGCUUUACUAAUGACGUCACAAUCAUGGCAUCUAUCUGUAUACAACAAUAUUAACAGUUUGUCAGAAAUUUAACUCGUAGGUACACA